AGAAAACACAAGGAGAAAAGCGCUCAUUCGAUUCCUUCCACUGUGUGCCGCCAACGACGAAGGAAUGUGCUCAAAGUUAGAUCUCGCGACAUUGCGGGUGCGGAAGGAUGUGAACGAGCUCGCCAAGGGAAAGUUCGUCUGUGCGCAUGCGACAACCCAGAUCGAAUUCCCGGACGGCGUGGACAAUCUGCUGCGCAUCCUCAUCUCCAUCUCUGUGGGGGACAUCGACAGUCCAUAUGCAAACGGCGAUUUCCAAUUCCAGUUUGACAUUCCCCGCACAUACCCCUUCCACGCGCCGCUCGUGUACAGUUUGAACAAAGUGUGGCAUCCAAACAUCGACAUCCACUCGGGUCAAGUGAUGUUUUCGAUUCUGGGCAAGGACUGGCGCCCCGUGUUGAGCAUCAACACGAUUCUACUAGGUUUACAGCUCAUCUUUCUCGAGCCCAGCAUUGAUUUUGCCAUCAACCCUGUGGCCGCCAAGACCUUGGUUGAGAACGCGCAGUUGUUUCGAAGACAAGUCCAGCAUACCCUCCAAGGGGGGCUGUACUUUGGCGUGGAAUUCCUGCAACACCCCCGGCAACGAUUGCAUCUCGCGAACGCGCCAGCUAAUCGCUCCCAUGGCAAACGAGAGCGAGAACUGGAGCAUGACAUUGAGCACAUGACCAUCUCCAAGUCCAUGGACUGCGAAAUGACAGACGAAGACAGCGACCACCACCCCGUGCCCGUGUUCAAGCGUCAUCGAACGUAACUCGGUUAAUAUCUAUGCGCUCGAUGCAGCGGCGCCUUCUCUCUCUCCAUAUUGAGG